AAUAAAGUACAACGUGAUUGAUCGAUGAACGUGAGUUUCAACGAUCGAAAUGUGUACAAAGCAUACAUACGCGGUGCCAAAACGUACUUGUCACGGAUUUUGGCGCGCUUGUAAAUCGUUUCUACCCAAUUAAUAUCGAGGAACAAAAGGAUCGAAGAGGAAGGAUCGAAGUGGCAAAGAGCGUGCAUCGAAGCCUGGCAUCGAAGUCUGAGUUCUCGAAGGAACUUGCCCUCGCAUCCGGUGAGCCGAGCGGAAGAAGCACGAGCGUUGAAAAAUUAUUUUUACCCCGGGAACCGGUUUCGACGAGCCGUGCGUGACUCGGUCCAAAGGCGGUCCGGAGUCUGAAGAAGAUGGGCCAGUGAAAAUUCAUUGCUCCCCUUUCCGGUUGUCCAACGAUCGAACAAAUGUCGAGGAUGCUGCGGCUCGAGCUCGUGGGACUCGUGUUGCUGGCCUGCACCCAGAUACUCACGGAGCAUCGCAAUAUUUACGAAACAAGAUCGCUGUACGGUUAUCGGUCCAAGUUUCUCGAUCCCCCCGAACGGUUCACCAGAGAGGUGCGAGUGAAACAGGGUCGUUUACGAGGAAUCGUCGUGCAGCCGAGGACCAAUCACGAUCUACAGCCCGUCGAUGUUUUCCUGGGAGUACCGUACGCGGAACCUCCUGUCAAUUUCUUGAGAUUUUCGCCACCGAGAUCGCCGGAGCCGUGGCGCGGCACAAGAGAAUCGCAGGAAUUUGCACCCGUCUGCCCCCAAGUGGUGCCAAAAUUGCAGGACGAGAUGAAGCCGGUCAGAUACGAGUAUCUCGAGAGGCUGCUGCCGUACCUGAAGAACCAGAGCGAGGACUGUCUCUAUCUCAACAUCUAUACGCCCCAUCAAGCCGAAGGUCAAAAGACUCUGCGGAAGUAUCCCGUGAUGGUGUUCAUUCAUGGGGAGAGCUUUGAAUGGAACAGCGGCAACCCUUACGACGGCACUAUAUUGGCAGCUUAUGGCAACGUCGUCUUUGUCACUAUCAACUUUCGCCUGGGCAUUCUUGGUUUCUUGAGGCCCGGGAUCAGGGACGACACAGCGAGUAAUUUCGGUCUUCUGGAUCAAAUUGCGGCGCUUCUUUGGCUACGAGAGAACAUCGCCGAGUUCGGCGGCGAUCCGAACAGUAUUACUCUGGUCGGCCACGGUACCGGUGCAAUUUUUGCUAACCUGCUGCUUAUCAGCCCUGUGGCUAAUAAGAAAGGUCUCUUCAGUCGAGCUAUACUGAUGUCCGGAUCAGCGUUAAGCGCCGAUGCUAUCGGGAAAGCACCCUUGCAGAUCACCAAACAGGUGGCGCACGCCCUUCACUGCCCCACCACCACCGACAGCGAUCUGGCAAUAUGUUUGCGCGGCCAAGACGUGGACACUCUGCUGAACGUAAAGAUUCAUAAACCGAAUUACGUCCCUGCAUUCGCUCCGUUGAUCGACAACGCGGUCAUUCCGGACAAGCCUUACAACUUGAUGAAAAAUCCUCAGUUCGACAGGUUCGAUCUGAUGUACGGCGUCACGGAAUCGGAGAAGUAUCACUUGUUGUCACCGGUGGAUCUGAUGCACGGGAUGUCGGAAGGGCAGAGGGAUGCGGUCCUGAAGGAGCACGCCAAGGCGACGCACGAGCUUGAAGCGGAAUUAAUCCUGUCCAAGAUUCUGGAACAAUACGGCGAUUUCUCGCCAGGAUUUCAGGGAGAGUACAUGCUGAAGAAUCGCGAUCUCGUGCUCGAGGCUCUAUCCGACAGCGGUACCGUCGCCCCGUUAAUAAUGGCCGCGAAUUUGCACUCGAGGGCGAACCCGAACAGCUACAUGUACGUCUUCGCGCAUCCGAAAGCGACGCAGGAGUACUCUGGCCAACAACGCAAGUAUACCGUGCACAGCGAAGAGUUGCCAUAUUUGCUGGGCGCUCCUCUCGAUGGGUUGCGCGGGCGAUACGAUAUCGGCGAAACGCUCUUCUCCGAGGCUAUAAUGAACUGGUGGUGCAGUUUCGCCUACAUAGGGAAUCCAAACGUGAAAGCAAUCUCAAAGCGAUAUCCGUACAUGAGGAAUGGACUGAAGGAAUUGAGCCAGUACGACAUCGAUUGGCCCGAGUACGAUCCUCAGAAUCAGAGGUACCUCAAUCUUACGAUUCCACCGAGCACGGGUAUGCAGUACCGACUUGCUGAAAUGCAAUUCUGGAACGAGCAUCUACCCAAAAUGCUUCUUCAUCCUGGCAAAGACAUACCGUUGCCGAUCCGACCGAAAGGGCCGAGACCGCAAAUUCUCGACAUCGCUGAUGGGAUUGGAAAGUAUGCGAAUGCGAGCAGGGAUUAUGACACGUACGGUUCCAGAUUCAAGGAGGGGAGUCGAGGCGAGGCGGAGGAGAUAUCGACGACCACUGAGAUCGCUACCUCCCCCCAAUCGUCUGAGGAGGAAGCGAUUCCACAGCCAAGCGCGCCCAAGAGUUCUUCCGUGAUCGCUAUGCUGACGGGUUUCGGCGCGUUAUUCUUGCUGAUCAACUUCACGGCGUGCCUCUACCUGUACUGCAAGAAGCAGGAGACGAAGAUGAGGGGGACAGGGGUGAAGAGGCGGGCGAGCCAGAAGGAAGGGAAGUCGGACAAGUACGAGAACCAUUACGGGGAGCUUGGUUACAAGAGCGACAGUAAACCGGAUCUGAACGACGUGAUAAAGAACGACAAGGCGUACGACAACAACUCGAACUUCGGCAGGCGGUCGAAAUUGUCGAGGCAGAGUUCCGGAUCCACCAUAGACACCCACAUCAAGGUUAGGGAGUGGAUACAACAGGAGAUAGUGCACAGGUGUUCCCCCAGGUUUCUCAGGAAGACGCGCGAAACGUUGCAAAAGGAGCAUGAGGACAAAUUGACGAAACAACAACAGCAACAAGAAGCGGAGAAGAAAAGGUUGGAGGAGGAGCUGUCGAAGGAGAGGAAGGAGGAGGCGAGGUACGAUAAAGAUCCGACGCUGAUCGUACGUCCUGGCAAGAAAUCAAAGGUCCCGAAGGUAUCGGUGGCCAUCGACGCCACACCCGCGGCAAGAACCGAAUCGAUCCUGAACCAGAUGCCUAUCGAGCUGGCGAAGGGCGUCGAGGCGGGCCUCGACCCGUUCAACAAGAGUAUCGAUUAUCCGAUGAUCGAUCCCAGCCAGUUGCAAACAGCUCCUCAGGUGGUUGUCAUAGAGCACCAUCACUCGAAAAGCGAUCCGUUACCGAUGGAAAACGUGUUGAAGAGCGUGAAACCGAAUUUCUCCACGCCGAGGAUUUACGAAUCCGAUUCGGGGAGCACGAGCAGCCUCUACGCCAAGAUUAACCCCAAGUUGAAAUCCCGCUUGCCCCGCCCCGAAUUAUCGGCGAUGGAUCAGACCGAGGAUAUUUACGUGAAAAUGGGGCCCAAGUUGACUACGUUCGGUUCGCCACCUCCUGCGGAUACUUGCGGGGAUAUAAACGUAACCUGCAGGGAGUCCAGCCCGGAGGAGAGGGAAUGCGUGAGCCCGGAAGAAGCCCUGAGGACCAUCAAGAGGAGAAACUAUCCCAAAGUUCUGCCAGACAUCGAGAAAAGGCGAUCCCUCCCGGCGCCCAGCAGCUUGUUCGCGUCCAAACAGGGCGCCGGUUCUUUGAAGGAUUACAGAAGCGGAUUCCACUCGUCUUUGUCGUCGUCCUCUCAUCAACCCCCCCAACCCCCGCCGAGGACGUUCGGCCCGUCCAAGAGCUUGGAGUUCGCCGAGGAGAGCGAGAAUCAAUCCGAAACGGAGACGAUCGUUACUAAUCUUCACGUUGGCCCGUUGCUCAGAAGGCAGGACUAUUCGGCGAAGAACAAUUCCGACCCGAGUAUCAUCGACUCCUUGGACGAAAGGAUGGACAACAGGUCGAGCAGGGCGCAGGGCGGCGGUGGCGGCAGCGUGGACACGAUUUACUCGAGCAACGCGUGCCAUCAUCCCGGCCACGAAAUCGGCCAACCGAUUUUCCAGAGCGUGGGCAAGGACAUAGGGAAUCCGAUCGCCUUGUUGCAGUCGGGUAUCGGUAAUCCUAACUGGUACAAAUCAAUUCCGAUGGGGAACGAUAUCUGUAUAGGGACGGCGUCCUCGGAGCCCAGGAUCACUAUCAGAGAAGUGGAGAAACAGCCUCAAUUCGGUGGCUCGAAUUGGGACACGAGGAUCCCAGACCNCAGAGAAAUUAAAUCCCCGCACGAGUCGAGCAGAUCCAAUACCAGCUCGAUCGAGCAACUGGAAUCGGAUUGCCCCCUAACCUCGUGCUCCUCCCCCGACUCCGGAUCGCCGAGCGGCCAACCCGGCCAAGAGCCGCGAAAGGAGCCGCGAAUAAUAAUCACGGCCAGGGACACGAAGGGUUCCUCCUCGUCCUCCUCGAGCUUGAAACAACCGAAGAUCAUCAUCAAGCCUACGUCCAGCUUGCAGAGGAGCAGGGAUCACAGGAAUAUUCCGAAAGUGUCGGCCAUCCCGCCCCCGGAGCAGAGCUGCCAGAGCGUCGAGAGGGACAAGCCCUCGGGCGAGCAGAGGGAAAAGCCACCCUUGAAGGAGAAGCCGAAGAUCACCAGGAUACCCUCGUUCUCGAGGCGCGUGGAGGAGCCCUCGGGCGGAACCGAGAGGGCGGCCAUCCCCCCGUACCCCGAGAAGGCGGAAAUCGUGCACAGGGUGGAGGCGGUGGCCAGCGGCAAAGUGGUAAACGUGACCGUGGCUUGCGAUGGGAAGUCGAGCAUUCCUACGUUGCAACGGAAGGAGGGUGAAAAGUGUUCGAGCGUCGAGUCGGGGACCGGGCCCUUGAAUACGGCCACGAUCAAAAAGAAACCGGCGAGCAAAAAGUAAAAGGAAGUAUCCGUCGUGCGCUUCUUCCACCAUUGUUCAACUUCGGACCGUUACUUUCGGCUGAGUAGUUUUCUAUGUUUCAAAUCAACUAUUCGGUCGUCCACUUGACGCUCUGAUCCUUUGCCGACAAGGAAAGGGAAAGUAAUUGCUUUCCUUUUUCUUUUUUUUUUCUUUUUUUUUUUUACUCGUCUGGGAAGAGAAGAGAUUCGUAAAGGAUAAAACGAUACACAGGAGAUAUCUUAUAGGGACCACGAAAUUGAGAUCCGAAGCGGUGUACGAUACGAAGAUCGUGAUAAGAUCGUGAUGAGAUCGAAGCGUGUUAAUUUCUAACGAUUUUUAUUGUUUUUAAAUAAUUAUUAUUUGUAGUAGAUGUAAUUUUUUCUUUUGUACCAUAUUCGGGAAUAUUUGUUCAAUCAUUAAAACGAACAAAGUCAAGUAAUAAACCGUUUGGAAUAAAGCGUUUCUUUAACCUUUAGUCGUGUAAUCGCAAUCAUCGUGCACAGUAUUAAUUUUAUAUAAACGAUAUGCCUAUUAAACUAAUCUAAUCUACGUUAAUUAAAAUGAUCUGUUAUAUUAUUUAACAUCGUAUUUAUUUACGUAUAUAAAUAUUAGUGACCAUCGAUUAUUUUUUUAAUCUCUCCAAUUAUUUUUCCGUGUUAUAAAUUGCUCUCUUAAUUA